AUGUUGUGCCGCUCAUGGGCUCUUCGAUGCGCCGCAAAGGGCGCCGGUGGAAAGCCCCGUAGGAUUCGCAUAGAAAGCGGCUAUGAGCGAGAGGGUAAAAAGCAUUACGAGGAACGUGGACAGUUUUUCUCUGCAUUCGCGAGUAUGUCAAUUAUGUCGCUUGGCUGCACGUUCCUUUUUGUUCCUCUUUAUCGCAUUUACUGCGCGCCCACAGGACGCGGCGCUGACCCAAAGUUUUACACCCCGCAGGCGCAGCGCGAGCGCGAGGAGAUGGACAAGUCGUACCCAAUAGCUAAGAAGCUGCUGAAGGUUCGCUUCCUGAGCGAUGUAGGCAACACCAUGCCGAUUGCCUUUGUGCCGCUGCAGAAGGAGGUGGAGGUGCUCAUCGGGGAGCCCGCACUUGCCUUUUACUCCGCGUACAACCGCAGCAAUCGCACCCUGCUGGGCGUCUCGUCAUACACCAUUGCGCCUCCAGAGGCCACGAACUACUUGAAUAAGAUUCAGUGCUUCUGCUUCGAGGAGCAGCGAUUUAAGCCACAGGAGCUGGUGGAGAUGCCCGUCUUUUUUUACAUUGAUCGCGACUUUUUAAAUGAUCCGCUGGUCAACUGGCUGGAUGAGGUCAUUGUGAACUACACCUUUUUCAACCUGGAGAAAACACGGGACAUCAUCUUCCGGUCGAACCUGGCAUGA